AUGUUUGUAACAACUAGGGGCACUGAGGAUUGGGUUAUUAUAGAAAAAAUACCUUCUGAGGUAGUUGAUGGUGAAUCGGAAAAAAAUCUGGCCUACAAAGUAGUGACUGUGAGCAGUAAAACUGCCUUUCCACCUGAGGUAUUAAAAUCCAGUACCGUUCUAAUGCAGAGCUUUGAGGACUUGGAAAGUGAAAUACAAUCCAAUGAGGAGAAUAAGCAGAAAAUGUUCACCCUAGGAAAGUCCUAUGAUACCGUAUCUGGGAAAAUUGUAACCAUGACAAGUAAAGCUAAAGAGGGCGAGAAAGCGGUACAGCCUUCGGGAGAAACUUUGCAAAAACUGGAAAGGGAAGUUCAAGAAUCUGUGAAAAUCGUUCCAAUAGUGGCCAAGUAUGAAAUCCUCCAGCCUGUCACUGAUGAGAAAGCCAGGCGGGCAUCUGAUGUGCAGAGCACGAGAAGAAAGCUGUCUGACUCUCUGACACCCAUAAAGGAAGCAGAAUCUCAGUUGCAAAGUCCCGAAGAGGAGAGUUUGAAAAAGACACUGAGGAUGGACCAGGAUUUGCAGUUACUUGGUACACUGGAAAGCUUACAGCUUGGCAAAGCAGAAAAGCAUCUUGGUGGAGAAGCUGUAAAAGCAAGGGCAUUUGCCCGGACAGAUAAGAGCCUGUCAGAGUGGAGAUAUUCCAGAGAACAGCCAUUUACCAUUGCUACUGCUCACUAUGUUACUGAGUCGUCUGCAUCAAAAGUAGUGGUAACAAGUGGCUUUGACUUCACGCCACGAUUUAAAGAUAAAAGCAUGACUUCUUUUAGACAAUCCCUUCACACCACCCUAGCUUUGAGUUCUCUUGCUGCCUGGCUUUAUGUUGACAGCAGCCAACCCAGCUUAUUUUUUUUGUCUCAUACUUUGAAUCCGUCUCACAGUCUGAAGCAGACAUUAUAUAAGGCUUCCAACCUUUCUGGUUUAUGUACUCAAAUUCAGUAUUGCUGCUGUGGCUUGUUAAUAGAAGGAAAAAAAAAAAGGUUUGCUUGAACCAGCAAAACGCCAAUGCUAACAACUACGCUUUGUAACUAUUGCUUACUACAGCCAUUAUGAAUUCGCUCUGAUUUAUUUUCCCAUUCUUUUCCUGUUUCCAACCUCUCCGUGCCCCUGCAACCUACUCUCCUUUUCCUCCGUCUCUGCCUCUGGUUCUGGCAAUUAAUAUGUCUGUGCAUAUGGGUCUGCCUUUUUUCUGUGUAUGACUCUACAUUUCUUUGUCU